GAAUUCCCCGCUCCCGCUCUCGUUUCCACCGACUUUCUUCAGUCUGAGAUAAGAUCGUUGCAGAUUUCAAGUUCCAAGAUACCUCCUCUUCUCUGCUCCCGCUCGUAUCCCAAAUUCCAAUUCUCUCUCUCAGCUGAAAGCUCUCUUUCUGUGUGUUUCUUGACGGGCGAUCUCAUUCGCUUGGUGUGCAAUUUCUUGGCCGGGCGACCUCAAUUGAGCGGGCGAUUUCAAUCUCUCAGCAAGAUUGUUCUUUCUGAAGCAUUCGACCCAUAUCAGCUUCGCAGGUAAAACAUGGGCAGGAUAACAGAACAUAUUAGCUAGUUCACAAACACGAAACAACCAUGAAAAAAUUCACCUUUUCAUUUGAAUGAAGUUCGCAUUGAAAUAAAUGUCAAGGGAGCAGUACCGGCAGCUUACAUAUAGAAGAUCAAAUCAGCAUUAAGAAAUUUGUGAAUGGCUGCUAUUGCAAUGGGUAAGAGGAAAAUUCCGAUUGAAAAGAUUGAUGACAAGAAAAAGGUGAAUGUGACCUUUUCAAAGAGGCGUAAGGGUCUUUUUGGCAAAGCUUUGAACACCAGUGGCCUUUGCAAUGCCAAGAUUGCCAUGGUUGUUUUCUCCCCUGCAGGAAACCCUUACACUUUCGUCACCCCGACCUCCUCUGUUGAUGAUGUUAUUGAUCAAUACCUCAAUAACAUACCCUUCAAAGAAAUCACGGAGGUUGAAUGGGAAGGAAAAAAGGACAGGGAACAGUUGAAUCAAUGUUCUUGUGAGGGAAAGAAGGUGGGUUUCUGGUGGGAUUUGGUUGAUGUUGAUAAAUACAGAUCUUUGGAGGAGUUGCAGAUUUUGAGAAGCUCUUUGGAGAGUCUGAGGGAAAGUGUAUGCCAGAAGUUGGAUAAUGCUCAUGCUGAACAGUUGCUAGGAGUUGAGGAUGUGAACAGGGAUGUUGCAGCCUCUGAUUUUGGCUUGUCAUCUUGUCCUUUGUAUUCUACUGAUGAGAGCAAGGAUGAUGCAGCCUCUGAUUUUGUUACUGACCUAUCAUCUUGUCUUUUGUCUUCUGCUGAUGAGGAUGUUGGUACUGUUUUUGCCACUGUUGAUGAUGAAAGCUGUGUUGACUGGAUAGUUUCAGAUGACAGUGAGGGUCUCUUUGAUCAUAUUUUUUAUGAUAAUAGUGAUAGUGCCACAAUUUCUGACUUCAUCAGUGAUAAAGCUACUUAUCCUAUGUCUGGUGCUGAUGAAGAUGAUUGGAUAGCUGCAGAUGACAGUGAAGCUUUCUUUGAUCAUCUUUUUGAUGAUAAUAGUGCUGGUGCCACAAAUUCUGCCUUCAUCAGUGGUAAAACUGCUUAUCCUAUGUCUGAUGCUGAUGAAGAUGAUUGUAUAGUUGCAGAUGACAGUGCAGAUUUCUUUGAUCAUCUUUUUGAUGAUAAUAGUGCUGGUGCCAUAACUUUUGACUUCAUCGGUGAUAAAGCUACUUAUCCUAUGUCUGGUGUUGAUGGAGAUGCUAUCAAGGGUCUUUCCACCAAUGAUGAUAAAAGCUACGGCAAUGAGACAGUUCAAGACAACAGUUCAUAUUUCUUUGAGAAGAUUUUGUCCUUUUGGUCCUAGCUUUUGCAAUUAUUAGACCCAACUUUAUUAUCUGGUUUAAGAUUCUUCUUUUGGAAGGGGCUUUUGAUUAUUUGGUUACUAGUUUGUUUUUUCUUGAAUGGUUGCAUUUCCAGCCAUGCUCUGCCAUUCUGCCACCCAAUUGGGUAUUUGUAUCUAGACUAGUUUUGAUACCUCUCUUUACAAGCUUCUACCUUGUUUCAAGUUGCAAUGUGGUCUUGUCUAUAGUACCCCACAAAAUAGAUUGAUGAGGGAGAGAAAGGAAAUGUGUUUCACAGGGAAAUGUUUUAAGUGUAUGCCUUGGGUGUUCCUGGCUUGGGAAUUAGCAAUACCAUUUAUUCUCUAAAUUUUUUUCUCUCCUCUUAUCUACCCUUGUAGAAGUUUUGUUUUCAUUUUUCUGUGAUUGGAGAGAAAAGAAAGAGAUAUUGAUGUACAAAGAUAUGUAAAUUCACGGCUUUUAGCCAUUGUUUAGUGCUUAAUGAGAAAUUUAAUGUUUCUUUUA